ACAUUAUUAGAAUCGUUAAUUGCCCAUGAAAACUUAACUUUUAAUAAGAUUUCGUAAAAAAUUGAACAUUUAUAUUUUAUUAGAUACAUCCUUGCUAAUUGUCAUUCUAGGAACCAGCACACAAUGAUAUCAUUAUAACUAAUCAGUUAAAGAGGAAUAAUAUAUACACGGAUCAGAUGGGAAUAUGAAAUGUCUAACAGAAUCAGAAAUUGCUGGACUAGUGUCAGGAACAAUAUUAGGAACCAGUUUUAUAACAGCCCUUCUACUUUCUAUUAUAUUAAUCAAGAAGAAAAAACCUAAUUAUACUUUUAAUUCAAGAAUACAUGAUAGAUUUAAUUCAGAUGAUAUAAAGCACAAAGAAACUUAUGUAAACCAUCGGUAUUUAAAUGAUUUGGAGCAAAAUGUUUUCGUCGAUGUCCCACUCGAUGAUAACGAUCCAAGUCAAUUAGCCAAAACUUACAAAAAUUAUGGAGAAGAAAAUUACAAACCGGAAAAUAAGAAAAACAGCAUAAAUACAAGUAAAUUAAAAAGAUUCUCUAAGCCUUCCAUAUCUUUUACUAACGCCUCCAAAAAAUUUUGGUAUAACGACGAAAAAUAUAAACCGAAUUCUAGGAUAAUAAAAGUUCCGUUAAAGAGUCAAGAUGUUACUGGAUUGGGAUUUAACAUAUGCGGCAACGUUAAUGAUGGGAUAUUUAUCAAAGAUAUUUUAAAUCGGGGGCCAGCCAAAGAAGCAGGAAAACUUAAAACUGGAGAUCGUAUUCUAUCAUUAACAAUAUCCUUUAAUAAAAUGAUGUAUGAAGACGCUUUAACAAUACUUAGUUAUGGCUCUCCCUAUGAAAUAGUAUUAGAGCUAUUGAGAGAAAGGCCCCCAUCUGUUAUAACGCAAGAUUCCUCAAAAUCUUAUUCUGCGUGUUUUAACGAUGCUAGAACAGAAGAUGACCAUUGUGAAGUAUAUCAAAAUGGAUUUAAUAAUAACGAUAGCAUUUGGAGUAAUAAGACGGAGAAAGGUAUUUCUAAAGAGGCUCGACGUAAACAAAAAAUGGAUAUGAUAAUAUUAAACACUUUAUACAGAAGUGAUUCUCUAGAAGAUUUGAGCAAUAUAACCGAAACAAAGGACUCACAAAUUACCCCCUUCAAUUUACAAAUCAACGACAAAUCGAUCAAAUCCGAAAAGCAAGCAUUCAUAAAAAAUAAUAUCUAUCCCUACUACGUUAAGAAUGUUAAAAAAUGGUUGAAUAUUAAUAAUAACAAAAACACUGGCGCAAAGCAGGAAACUGGACAAAGACAAAAGAUAGAGUUAAGAGUGAACAAUGCUAUUGAUAAUUCAAAUAUCAGCGGUAUUUCAGACUAUAAAAAUAUAUCAACUGUAUCACUCAACGAUUAUUUGUUGACUAGAGAUAAUGAUGAUCACAAAAUUUUGCAAACUAACGAGAGUAACUUAGGAGUUAAUGAUUUAGAAAAAAUAGAAUCAAGUCCAAAUCUAUAUCAUGAAACCAAAAAUAUUAACAAAGACUUAAUGCACGAUGAUGUUGACAUAGAUAACGCCAUCAAACUUUACGGCAAAAACAGAAAGGAUAAAAGAAAUUCGGUGACUCAUUUAUUGGAAGACAAAUAUAGAAGAGCCAAACUGAACAUCAAGAAAAAGUUAAGCAGUACUUCUGAUUUAGCUAAAUUCGACGCUAAAAUUAAUUCUGAUGCAGCGAAUUUUCCUACAAGUUACGUUGCUUUACAUCAGCCAAAGUUAGUGAGGAACAAUCGCAGUUUGGAGGAUAUAUAUCAAUUCUACAUAAACAAGCUCCUUAAAUCCCUCAAAUCAGAUCUAAACAAUAAAGGAAAUCUACAAAGGUCAAUUUCUCUUUCAACAAAAUCUUCGCCCUUAAAAGUUAAAGAGAAUAAAAUACAUAGAAAUUCCAAUAUUUUGGAUUAUUUAAUGAAUGACAAAGAUUUCACCGAUAUGGAAACAAGAUUUCCCAAAUGCACCUUUUACAAAGUAAACUAUGAUUCAAAUAAUAUUUCAAACGAUAAUUCGAAGAAAUUAACGAUUAAGGAAGGUAGCGAUGUAAUUGGCGAGUUGUCAAUCCAAAUUAAUGAUUCCGUAAAUGUGAUAAAUGAUAAAAAAACUAAACCUCAUGUUGCAUUUAAAGAAUUUCUUAACCGAAAAAAUGAUUCUGUUACCCCUAAAAAUAACGCUCCUUCAAACUAUGAAAACCCGGGAAUCAAUGAUUACGAUAUAGAAUUUCCAAACAAUCAUGUAAAUGGAUUUCAUGUGGGUAGUUUCCCAAGAGAAAUGGCCAAAAAUAGAACUCAUCAGAAGAAUUUAUACAAAUCAGAUGAGCAGAUAUAUAGAGCUGAUUCGGAAUAUAAAGAAUGUACGCCUACUCUUAGUGCACGUAAAGAUUUAGAUUCUUCCCACCAUCAUGAAAAAUUAUUUGUUGCACAGAACACAUUUCUGGAGGAAAAUGAAAAUAACUCAUCAAGAACUUCGAUGAAAACUAAACCAUCAGCAGAUAUAAUUAGUAAUAGAUUAGCCCGUGUCAAUCCGGAUUUUAAUAGUACAAAUAUUAAAAAUAAUUUUGAAGAAAAUGAUGACCCAAUAUUAAUUGAGAUUUCUAAAGAAAAUAAAAAUUUUAUCAAAGAAUCAAAUGCUAGCAUAAAAAUUACAAAUGGCUCAAACGAAUCUACACCUCUUAAAGUUAUCGAUAAUAAUAUUAGAACCAUGUUUAGCCCUCAUUACACAGAACCGGAAAAUUUAAUCAUGGAUGGAAGUUCACAAGAAAGCGAUCAACCUAUGAAAAAAUAUUUUCCAGAUUCUAACAAACCUUCUUACGAUGCCAAAUAUGUUUUCGAUGACUAUUUAGAGAAUAUUUGUAAAAUCAAAAUUAGCAAUAGUCGAUCCGAUUUACAAAUUCCCAUAUACCAAGCCGGAUCAAAUAAUUUUGAAAUUAAAAGUGCUGAUUAUUUUUGUGAUUACACCGGAAAAGUGUAUCCUUCACUAUCAGAAAAUGAUGAAUCAUAUGUGAAUAAAUUAUUCUACGAUGCUUCCAAAAAGACAGAACCAACAUACAGCGAAUAUUUAUACUGCACCACGGAUGAAGCAGGUAAUGGGAAUAAUGUAAAUUCGAAAAUACUAUAUGAUGUCCCCAAUAUUGAAAAUAGAGGUAGCAUGCAUAUUUUCGAAAUAUCUAAAGCUAAUUAUAGAUCACCGGGAGAAUAUGGGUUAAUAGUGACUGUUCCAAAUAUGUCGGCAACCUAUCAUGACCAGUUAUUAAGAAUAAAUAAACGUAUAGGCAGUAGUAAUGAUAGAGAUCAUAAUUCAUCCAUAUAUUAUUCGUCGAACAAAUCGUAUCCAUCCGAAGCCCUGUACGAACAUUCUUCGAGAGAUUUGAUGACUUCUUACCAAAAUAAGCACAAAUCCGCUAUCCUAAAAAAUUAUUUAAACAAUGCCAAAAAUGAUAUACCCAGCAAAUUUCUCGACGAUUAUUCGCCCAAAAAUAGGGAUGUCUACGAUUUCAAUCACCAAUGUCGCAUAGCAGACAUAAAGCCUACUCAAACUUAUUACAUGGGAACAAAAUACGAUGUUAGACACAGAGACAAAUAUCCUUCAUACGAAAUUCCGGUUUACUGCAAAAUUAUUGAUUUUAAAAAUCACAUCAUCGAUUCUAAUCUGCACAGGGGGAGACCUUCUUUAGGGGAUCAAAAAACGAGAAAAAAUAGUAAGGUCAAGUUAUUUAAGCGAGUUAGCAAAUAUUCUCACGAUAGUUUGCAGAGAAAAGAGCUCAAACGGGUAGGCAUCGGUAAGGCUAGACCAGCGGAAAACUUUCAGAAAUUUCCGUCCCUCAAAAUAAAAUAUGAUCCUACUAAUAGCAUAAGAAAUUCUAAAUAUAAAAAAAUCAGGAGGAUAGACAACAUCUAUUUUAAACAUUAUAAUAGAUUUACUGAUGAGCGUUACCCUAUAUAUUCUGAUAUAAUUGAUUUCCCACAUUAUGAUGAUUUUCGUUCCUUGGAUAUCAAUAGGAAUGAUCAAAAUGCCUAUUUUGGCUAUAGAAUAAAUACACCAAACACAAACAUAACCAAAUAUCACAUUGAUAAUUAUACGCGUUAA